UUAUGUGUACCUGUCGCUGGGAGACCAGAAGUGUCCUGCUGGGGACCAAGUGGCCCCAGCUGCCCUGGUUACCCAAAGGUCCUCUCUCCCUCACACAGGAGCAGGGGGGUGGGGGGCACCAUGGCACAGACGGACGUGCUCCUGACCAAGGAGCCCACGCCCCAGGCGGUGCCGGCAUGCGAGCUGCCCCAGAAAGUGUACGACGUGGCCCGGAACGUGGGCGCCUGCUCGUCCUCGGGCCUGGCCACUGCCGGCUUCCGCUCGGCCAAGUACCUGGCAGACGAGUGGUCCCAGAACUGCUACGCCCGCUACCACCAAGCCUUUGCGGACCGCAACCAGUCGGAGCGGCGGCGCCACGAGAGCCAUCAGCUGGCGGCCAAGACCCAGGCGCUGGCCCGGUGCUCGCAGGAGGACGCCACCCGGAAGGCGGGCGCGCGGCUGCAGGACACGCACGGCUGGAAGUCGGAGCUGCAGCGCGAGGUUGGAGAACUGGGCACGGAGAGCGACCUGCUGCUGGCCCAGAAGCAGCGGCUGGCGCGCGCCCUGGAUGCCACCUCCGUGCCCUUCUCCAUCGCCACCGACAACCUGCAGUGCCGUGAGCGCCGCCAGCACCCCGACCUCGUGCGCGACUGCGUGGAAACGGAGCUGCUGAAGGAGGCCGAGCUCAUCCGGAACAUUCAGGAGCUCCUGAAAAGGACCAUCAUGCAGGCCGUGAACCAGAUCCGGCUGAACCGGGAGCAGAAGGAAACGUGCGAGAUGGACUGGUCGGACAAGGUGGAGGCGUACAACAUCGACCAGGCCUGCGCCCACUACCACAACCAGAGCACUGACGUGCAGUUCCACCCGUACUCCGCCAAGUUCGAGGAGAGCGCCUCCACGCCGGAGACCUGGGCCCGGUUCACCCAGGAAAACCUGUGCCGCGCAGAGCGCGAGCGCCGGGCCUCCGCCAACCUGCGGGUGCUCAUCGACUGCAUCCUGCGGGACGUGGCCGAGGACCUGCGGCUGCAGUGCGACGCCGUGAACCUGGCCUUCGGGCGCCGCUGUGAGGAGCUGGAGGACACGCGCCACAAGCUGCAGAACCACCUGCGCAAGACGCUGCGGGAGAUCACCGAGCAGGAGCACAACGUUGCGGCGCUGAGGCAGGCCAUCAAAGACAAGGAGGCGCCCCUGAAGGUGGCUCAGACCCGUCUGUACCAGCGCUCACACAGGCCCAACGUGGAGCUGUGCCGGGACGCUGCCCAGUUCAGGCUGAUGAGCGAGGUGGAGGAGCUGAACAUGUCCCUCACGGCCCUGAAGGAGAAGCUUCUAGAAGCAGAGCAGUCGCUGCGCAACCUGGAGGACACGCGCAUGGAUCUGGAGAAGGACCUGGCCGUCAAGGCCAACAGCCUCUUCAUCGACCGCCAGAAGUGCAUGACCCACCGCACCCACUACCCCACCAUCCUCCAGCUGGCCGGCUACCAGUGACCAGGGCUGGCGCCACGGAGGGUGCCUCUGUGGCCUGGCCGGACAUGCGGCGGGGACUGUCCCCCGGCCCUUCAGAUAAAGAGCAUGUUAGCUUUUGA